CUACCCCUCUAAAAUGGCAGCCAAAGCCCCCCAGAGGCUAUGUUAACUAGAUAUCAAAGUAAACACAUGAAAGCCGAUUCUUUACACUGAAACUAACUGCACCUUUUUAUCUCUCUCUUUACAAAUCAUUCUCUUUCUCUCUAGCAGUCACAAAUACUGGGUUUUGAAGCUACAAUAUUGAAAAUGGAAAAUGAGGUUGACAAGCUUGUAGAAGUUAGGCCUGGAGAUGAGGAAGUAGAGGAGAGGGUUCAGGUGGGCUCUGAUGAGUCAAAAGAUGUAGAGGAGGAUGUCUUUAAGGAGGUGGUUGAUACAAAUGACCAUGCACUUGAUCAAGAAACAAAAGAUGCAUCAGGAGAUGAUCAUCUUGUUGUUGGUGAUUCAGGGUUGCUAGUGGUUGAUGACAGGACUAAUGUAGGUAGUGAAAUGGAGAGUUUUGAGGAGGUAACUCCUGUUCCUGGUGAGGUUUGGAAUGUGGAUGUGAGUGGGGAUGAAGUGGUAGGAGGGGAUAUUGUUCAUGGGGUUGCUGUGCCUGAUAAGAUUGAUGAGGGAGGGAGUGGUAAAGUGGUACACGGUGAAAUGAAUGUGGGAUUGGAGGUUUCUGACAAGAUUGAUGAGGGAGGUACCAUGGGGGAAGAGGUGAGUGGUAAAUUAAAUGAGCGAGUGGAUGUAUCUGAGGUUGGUGAUAGAGUCGAAAGUGAAGUUUUGAAUGUUGGGGUUGAGAGGCCUGAAAAUGGGGAUUCUGAUAAGCUGGAUUUUGAGGAAUCACAUGGGCAUGCAAAAUUGGAAAAUGGAAUUCCUGUGGUUGGAAAAGAUAGUGAAAUUCAGUUGAGUGGGGACAUUCUACCUGAAGAUGGUGAGAUAAGAGAAUCGAAGGAGGGUAACUUUGUUGUUGAAUCACAAGAUGACAGGGCUGCAGAACCUAUUGAUUUGGCAGUUGGCUCUCCGAAGGGGCUUCUAGAUGAUAGGGGUGAAGAGCUGAAUGCUAAGGUCACUAGUCUGAAUGAAGAACAUCAGAUAAAUGAGACUGAGCAAUUGAGAGAAGCUACAUCUGGUGUAGGUGCUGCACAAGCUAAUGGUGUGAACGGAGAAUUGAAAGUUAUUUCCACCAAACUUGAUUCAGAGCAUCAGCAGGAGGCUUGCAUACUGGAAGGCACUUCAGCUGACUCGCCUAAAGAUGUUGUGGAGGGGACAGGGACUCCGGAAAUUGGAGGCUCACCUUCUUUACAAAAAACCACAGAUGUGGUGAAUGAAAAUAUUCAGAUGGGUACAACUGAUUUUCAACCUCAACGUGCAGGUGAAAUAGUUCAGGAAGUUCAUAUUGUGGCUGAAGGGCCUGAAAAGAAAACAGUGAAGGAUCAGGAACAGAAUCAGAGCAAUAGUCAAGUGAUAAGGGAACGUGAUAUUCGGCCUGCAUCUCAGAUUGCUUCUUCUACUUCAAGAUCAAUGAAUACUCCUCCUAACCGCCUUGCACCUCCAGCUGGCCUUGGGCGUGCUGCUUCUCUUUUGGAUCCUGCCCCUCGUCUUGUGCAACAGCCUCGUGUAAAUGGAUCUGCAUCACAUACACAAACCCAGCAAAUUGAAGACCCUAGCAAUGGGGAGUCUGAGGAGUAUGAUGAAACUCGUGAAAAACUUCAGAUGAUCAGGGUUAAGUUCUUGCGACUUGCACAUAGGCUUGGGCAGACUCCACAUAAUGUUGUUGUGGCUCAGGUCUUAUACAGACUGGGAUUAGCUGAGCGACUGCGAGGAAGAAAUGGUGGUCGUGUUGGUGCUUUCAGCUUUGACCGUGCAAGUGCCAUGGCAGAGCAGCUUGAGGCAGCUGGGCAGGACCCACUUGAUUUUUCUUGUACUAUCAUGGUACUUGGAAAGAGUGGAGUUGGUAAAAGUGCAACAAUUAAUUCUAUAUUUGAUGAAGUUAUGUUCAAUACUGAUGCUUUUCAGAUGGGUACAAAGAAAGUUCAGGAUGUUGUAGGCACCGUGCAGGGGAUUAGGGUAAGGGUUAUCGAUACUCCAGGCCUUCUUCCUUCUUGGUCUGAUCAACGACAGAAUGAGAAGAUCCUACACUCUGUUAAGCGGUUUAUCAAGAAAACACCCCCAGAUAUUGUGCUGUAUCUUGACAGGUUGGACAUGCAAAGCAGGGACUUUGGUGAUAUGCCUCUAUUGCGCACCAUCACCGAGAUAUUUGGACCAUCUAUAUGGUUUAAUGCAAUUGUGGUUCUGACACAUGCAGCUUCUGCUCCACCUGAUGGCCCAAAUGGUACUGCCACUAGUUACGACAUGUUUGUCACUCAACGCUCUCAUGUUGUCCAGCAAGCCAUUCGGCAGGCAGCAGGGGACAUGCGGCUUAUGAAUCCUGUUUCAUUGGUGGAGAACCACUCUGCAUGCCGAACAAACAGGGCUGGGCAGAGAGUCUUGCCAAAUGGUCAAGUUUGGAAGCCUCAUCUAUUAUUGCUUUCAUUUGCAUCAAAAAUUCUGGCUGAAGCAAAUGCUCUUUUAAAGUUGCAAGAUUCUCCACCUGGGAGGCCUUUUACAAGCCGAUCAAGGACGCCUCCUUUACCAUUCCUUCUUUCAUCCCUUCUCCAAUCAAGACCACAUGUAAAACUGCCCGAGGAGCAGUUUGGUGAUGAGGACAGUGUAGAUGAUGAUUUGGAUGAAUCGUCAGAAUCUGAAGAUGAAUUGGAAUUGGAUGAAUUACCACCAUUUAAACGUAUGACGAAGGCCCAGGUGGCAAAGCUUUCUAGAUCUCAGAAGAAGGCAUAUUUUGAUGAGUUAGAGUACAGGGAAAAACUAUUUAUGAAGAAGCAGUUGAAAGAAGAAAAAAGGCGACGGAAGAUGAUGAAGAAAAUGGCAGCUGCAGCUCAAGAUAUGCCAAGUGACUACAAUGAUAAUGCAGAGGAGGAAAGUGGUGGUGCAGCAUCUGUGCCAGUUCCUAUGCCUGAUUUAGCGUUACCUGCUUCUUUUGACUCUGAUAAUCCCACUCACCGUUACCGUUAUCUUGAUUCAUCCAACCAGUGGCUUGUGAGGUCUGUUUUAGAAACUCAUGGUUGGGAUCAUGAUGUUGGUUAUGAAGGUAUAAAUGUAGAAAGACUGUUUGUUGUUAAAAACAAAAUUCCAGUAUCAUUUUCUGGCCAGGUCACAAAGGACAAGAAGGAUGCCAAUGUGCAAAUGGAAAUGACCAGUUCUCUAAAGCAUGGCGAAGGGAAAGUGACUUCUUUAGGUUUUGAUAUGCAGACUGUUGGAAAGGACUUAGCUUAUACUCUGCGUGGUGAGACAAGAUUUAGUAAUUUUAGGAGGAAUAAGGCAACAGCUGGCCUCUCGGUUACACAAAUGGGUGAUUCCUUAUCAGGUGGUAUGAAAGUUGAAGACAAAUUGAUUGUGAAUAAACGAUUCAGGGUGGUUAUGAGUGGUGGUGCUAUGACCAGUCGUGGUGAUGUUGCAUAUGGAGGCAGUUUGGAAGCCCACUUGAGAGAUAAAGACUAUCCUCUUGGUCGAUCACUGUCAACUCUUGGUCUUUCUGUCAUGGAUUGGCAUGGAGACCUAGCCAUUGGUUGCAAUGUACAGUCCCAGGUCCCCAUUGGACGAUCAACAAAUAUGGUUGCUCGAGCCAAUUUGAAUAACAGAGGGGCAGGACAAGUCAGCAUUCGCAUCAAUAGUUCAGAACAGCUUCAAUUAGCAUUAAUUGGCUUCAUUCCUCUAUUAAAAAAGAUCUUUGGUUAUCAUCAACAAAGUCAGUUUGGACAAUGAUGAAAAUUAGGUUUAAAUCUUCUGCUUAGCCUUGCGGUUGUAGGAUAAAAAAAUAUUUGAAACAGCCAUUUCAGAAUGAUCAUCAUCAAAUAGGAAGCGAAUGUAAGAUGUGGUUUCUCUAUUUUGGUAUUUCUUUCUUUAUUCAUAUUAAAUCUUUCUGGUUAUACAGAUUGUAGUAGUAUUUGUUAGAUACUUUGCAUAUGGUGAUUUUUGUUCUGAUUAAACCAUCGACCAAGCAUUGCCUUUUGUUCAA